AAAAGCAUGUUUUACUGAAUACUUUUUUUUAGGUUGUGAAAGCCUUUUGGACUUAACAUUGACCCAUGCGCGUAUAAGUUCUGAAAGUAAUUCUACAAUAUUUCUUCCCUUUCAUAUUUUUCACUUGAUCAUGCAUGGCCAGUUGGUGCAGUUGUCCAAUAACUCUGUAGUCUGUACUUGGUGUGGUACUAACAAUCCCGGAGAAUCUUCAAGUACCAAACGUUUUGUUUUGUCACUUUUUUUUUUGUCGUUGUACAGUCCUGUUUGUCUCAUUACACCUUACUUAUGAUUUUAUCUACUUUGCAGACUUGCAGUUGUGCAAAUUUGGCGUUGUUCAUAUGCAUUUAUAUAGCUGGUUGAACUGGCUCCUGAGGUCUUUUGAACAUAAGGCAACCAUGGCGUACUGUAAAGUUCAAAUGCAUGAUCUGACUGGAGCACCUUAUCUCGCUAUGAAAUUAUGGAAGAGUGAUGUCAUUGCCUCACUGGACACGGACUGUGCAUUGCAUUGCCAGCAUGAUGCACUUCAAGAUCUUGGUCCUCACCAUGGCCAGUAGAUCUGUGCAAGGGCCUGACUUGGAAAGCUGGUGAAUUUCCUCUUGUGUGCCUUCUGAAUAUAUCAUAGACAGAUGAAAAUUACUUGGUUCUGAAGGGCAAGUUGACACAGAAAAUUUCUGCUAUAAGUUGGAUGGAUCUUUCUUUAUUCAAUAAAACUGGCGCCUUGCCAGUUCGUUCCCCAAAAAAAAAAAGGUUGGAUGGAUGAUGAAUCUCCCCAGAUGUUGGGUCACUUCCAUUUCAUAGAAAAAAACCCGAACCAACAUGAGAUGGAAGCCAACAUGAGAUGGAAGUGGAUUAAUCAAGCAGCAUCGAGAUGUUGCGAGAGAUCGGAAUCCCACCUAUACAGUAAUAAGGUUAAGAUAGGACAAGCGGCGGCAGGCAGGCGAACAGGAGUACCGGACCACCGCUGCCGAUCGAUGCAACACUCAUGGAGGAGAAAUGAUUGACGCCAUGGAUCGGAAGAGGCUGGGUGCGCGCAUGACGCGGACACCUUGUUCACUUCCGAAGUGAUACGACUGCAUGUCUGCAUCUGUGUGCCCUCAUCGACGUUCUCGUCCACAGCCGCUGUCGUCUGCGCAGUUAUCACACAUCUGAACCAACCCCGCCGACGCAGCUUCGGCUCUCGCGCGCGCUAGCUACUAGCCGGAAGAUAGACGCAAGGACGUCACUGCGGGUGCAGUAUUAACACGCGGCGCAAAGAGCCAAAUCGGCCUAGUCAAUUCGGUCACCAAGACACGUGUACUACGCGCCGCAAGACGACGAGCGGGUGAUAUACUCCGUUACAUAUCAAUGCAAACGCUAGGCUGGGUCGCUGGCUAGCUAGCUAGCUUGCCAUAUCGACUCGUCCGUUCCUCACAAGCUUGCGCGGUGGACGGUGGCACCAUCGAUCAUGUCGAGCGGGCACUCGGCGAUGGCGUCCUCCUCCGCCGCCGCCGCCUCGUCCGCUCAUGGUGUUGGUGUUGUGCAGAGGUUAUGGCUGGAGGAGCAGGAGCGGAAGCCGCCGCCGAAGCGUGGCGGCGGCAAGCGGAGGUGGGCGUGGGCGCCGCUCGAGCCGCGGCGGGCGGGGUGGUGGGCGCGGGAGUGGGACAGGGCGUACCUCCUCGCCUGCGCGGCGGGGCUCAUGGUCGACCCGCUCUUCCUGUACGCCGUGUCCGUCAGCGGGCCGCUCAUGUGCGUCUUCCUCGACGGGUGGUUCGCCGCCGCGGUCACCGUGCUCCGGUGCACGGUGGACGCCAUGCACGCCUGGAACUUGCUGAUGCGCCUCCGGGCGGCGGUGCGGCCGCCGGAGGAGGACGACGGCGCCGACGAGGAGGUGGCGGCGGAGCGGGGAGCCGGCGGCAAUGGCGGCGGGCCGGCGCCGGCUCAGGUGGCGAGGCCGGUGUCCAGGAAAGGGCUCAUGCUGGACAUGUUCGUCAUUCUUCCCGUAAUGCAGGUGAUCGUCUGGGUGGCGGCACCGGCGAUGAUACGCGCCGGGUCGACGACGGCGGUAAUGACGGUGCUCCUGGUGUCGUUCCUGUUCGAGUACCUGCCCAAGAUAUACCACGCCGUCCGCCUCCUGCGCCGGAUGCAGAACACCUACGUGUUCGGCACCAUCUGGUGGGGCAUCGCGCUCAACCUCAUGGCCUACUUCGUCGCCGCUCACGCGGUGGGCGCGUGCUGGUACCUGCUCGGGGCGCAGCGCGCGACCAAGUGCCUCAAGGAGCAGUGCGCCCAGGGCGGGAGCGGGUGCGCGCCCGGUGCGCUGGCGUGCGCGGCGCCGCUCUACUACGGUGGCGCCGUGGGCGGCGUGGGCGCGGACAGGCUCGCCUGGGCCCUCGACGCCUCCGCCCGGGGCACGUGCCUCGACAGCGGCGACAACUACCAGUACGGGGCGUACAAGUGGACCGUCAUGCUCGUGGCGAACCCGAGCCGGCUGGAGAAGAUCUUGCUCCCCAUCUUCUGGGGCCUCAUGACACUCAGUACAUUUGGGAACUUGGCGAGCACAACAGAGUGGCUGGAGAUAGUGUUCAACAUCAUCACUAUCACCGGGGGCUUAAUCCUCGUGACGAUGCUCAUAGGAAACAUCAAGGUGUUCUUGAACGCGGCGACGUCGAAGAAGCAGGCGAUGCAGACGAGGCUGCGGGGCGUGGAGUGGUGGAUGAAGCGGAAGAAGCUGCCGCAGAGCUUCCGGCACCGGGUGCGGCAGCACGAGCGGCAGCGGUGGGCGGCCACGCGCGGCGUCGACGAGUGCCGCAUCGUCCGCGACCUGCCGGAGGGGCUCCGCCGCGACAUCAAGUACCACCUCUGCCUCGACCUCGUCCGCCAGGUGCCACUGUUCCAACACAUGGACGACCUGGUGCUCGAGAACAUCUGUGACAGGGUCAAGUCCCUCGUAUUCCCCAAAGGAGAAAUUAUCGUUAGAGAGGGCGACCCGGUGCAGAGGAUGCUGUUCAUAGUGCGAGGGCACCUGCAGAGCAGCCAGGUGCUGAGGACCGGCGCCACGAGCUGCUGCACGCUGGGGCCGGGCAACUUCAGCGGGGACGAGCUGCUGUCGUGGUGCAUGCGGCGGCCGUUCCUGGAGCGGCUGCCGGCGUCGUCGUCGACGCUGGUGACGAUGGAGAGCACGGAGGCGUUCGGGCUGGAGGCCGCGGACGUCAAGUACGUGACGCAGCACUUCCGCUACACCUUCACCAACGACAGGGUGCGGCGCAGCGCGCGCUACUACUCGCACGGGUGGCGCACGUGGGCGGCCGUCGCCGUGCAGCUCGCGUGGCGGCGGUACAAGCACCGCAAGACGCUCGCGUCGCUCUCCUUCAUCCGCCCGCGCAGGCCGCUGUCGCGGUGCUCGUCGCUCGGCGAGGAGAAGCUCCGGCUCUACACCGCGAUCCUCACCUCACCCAAGCCCAACCCCAACCAGGACGACUUGGUGUGACAGGAAAGGCGCGUUUCUUGAAGGGGCUUGAGCUCCACCUACUAACUUAGUACUCCACAUCACCUGGCAGUGUCGUUUCAUGAUUCAUACUGUGUCAGUGUCACGUAGGAACGAGAAAAGGAAAAACAUAUGAAAUUUUCCUAUUCCUAUGAUUCUAGAGAAAAAAUGUAGGAAAUUUAAUAUCCACUCUAAGGGCCCCUUUGAAUCAAAGGAUUUAUGUAGGAAUUUCAUAGGAUUCAAAUCCUAUAGGAAAUUUUCCUAUUUGGCCCUUUGA